AAGACAGAGAGAGCGAGCUGUCCUGGAAAAGAGAGAUUGAUUGGCUUGAAUGCCGAGAGGGGUCUCCCACUUGUUAAUGACCCAGAAACAUUGCCGCCGACUUUGCUGCGUCUCCCUCCUUUCCUCCAUUUGUCUCUUUCUCUCUUCUGGCUCAUCACUGCCUAGAGCGGAAGAUAAUGCUGGGCUUCUGAUGAUGGCUGCGCUGCAUGCAGCAGCGUGCAGGGUCAAGGACAGGCGGCCCCCCAUGUCAGUGGUCUAGGAUGGCCAGUGAAGCCACCAACAUCCCAAGUCCUGUGGUGCGCCAGAUUGACAAGCAGUUCCUGAUCUGCAGUAUAUGCCUGGAACGGUACAAGAACCCCAAGGUUCUCCCCUGUCUGCAUACUUUCUGCGAGAGGUGCCUGCAGAACUACAUCCCGGCCCACAGCCUGACCCUGUCCUGCCCCGUGUGCCGCCAGACCUCCAUCCUGCCCGAGAAGGGGGUGGCCGCGCUGCAGAACAACUUCUUCAUCACGAACCUGAUGGACGUGCUGCAGCGAACGCCAGGCAGCAACGUCGAGGAGUCGUCCAUCCUGGAGACCGUCACCGCCGUGGCCGCAGGAAAGCCUUUGUCCUGCCCCAACCAUGAUGGCAAUGUGAUGGACUUCUACUGCCAGUCCUGCGAGACUGCCAUGUGUCGGGAGUGUACAGAGGGGGAGCACGCAGAGCACCCCACCGUCCCCCUCAAGGAUGUGGUGGAACAGCACAAGGCCUCGCUCCAGGUGCAGCUGGACUCCGUUAACAAAAGGCUCCCAGAAAUAGAUUCUGCUCUGCAGUUCAUCUCGGAAAUCAUUCAUCAGUUAACCAACCAAAAGGCCAGCAUCGUGGAUGACAUCCAUUCGACCUUUGACGAGCUCCAGAAGACUCUGAACGUGCGCAAGAGCGUGCUGCUCAUGGAACUGGAGGUCAACUACGGCCUCAAACACAAAGUCCUGCAGUCGCAGCUGGAUACGCUGCUGGAGGGCCAGGAGAGCAUCAAGAGCUGCAGCAACUUCACGGCGCAGGCGCUCAACCAUGGCACGGAGACCGAGGUGCUGCUGGUGAAGAAGCAGAUGAGCGAGAAGCUGAACGAGCUGGCCGACCAGGACUUCCCGCUGCACCCGCGCGAGAACGACCAGCUGGACUUCAUCGUGGAGACCGAGGGGCUCAAGAAGUCCAUCCACAACCUGGGCACGAUCCUCACCACCAACGCCGUGGCCUCGGAGACGGUGGCCACGGGCGAGGGGCUGCGGCAGACCAUCAUCGGGCAGCCCAUGUCGGUGACCAUCACCACCAAGGACAAGGACGGCGAGCUGUGCAAGAGCGGCAACGCCUACCUCACGGCCGAGCUGAGCACGCCCGACGGCAGCGUGGCCGACGGCGAGAUCCUGGACAACAAGAACGGCACCUACGAGUUCCUGUACACGGUGCAGAAGGAGGGCGACUUCACGCUCUCGCUGCGGCUCUACGACCAGCACAUCCGGGGCAGCCCCUUCAAGCUCAAGGUCAUCCGCUCGGCCGACGUGUCCCCCACCACCGAGGGCGUCAAGCGGCGCGUCAAGUCCCCCGGCAGCGGCCACGUGAAGCAGAAAGCCGUGAAAAGACCGGCCAGCAUGUACAGCACGGGCAAACGAAAAGAGAAUCCCAUCGAGGACGAUCUGAUCUUUCGAGUAGGUACCAAAGGCAGAAAUAAAGGAGAAUUUACAAAUCUCCAAGGAGUAGCUGCCUCGACUGGUGGGAAGAUAUUAAUUGCAGACAGUAACAACCAGUGUGUGCAGAUCUUUUCCAAUGACGGACAGUUCAAAAGCCGUUUUGGCAUUCGAGGACGCUCCCCUGGGCAGCUGCAGCGGCCCACGGGUGUGGCGGUCCAUCCCAGUGGGGACAUCAUCAUUGCGGAUUAUGAUAAUAAGUGGGUUAGCAUCUUCUCUUCAGACGGGAAGUUUAAGACAAAAAUUGGAUCUGGAAAGUUGAUGGGUCCCAAAGGAGUGUCCGUGGACCGCAACGGGCACAUAAUUGUGGUGGAUAACAAGGCGUGCUGCGUGUUUAUCUUCCAGCCCAAUGGGAAGAUAGUCACCAGGUUUGGUAGCCGAGGAAAUGGGGACAGGCAGUUUGCAGGUACACUCGAUGGUCCCCAUUUUGCAGCUGUAAAUAGCAAUAAUGAGAUUAUUGUUACAGAUUUCCAUAAUCAUUCUGUCAAGGUAUUUAAUCAGGAAGGAGAAUUCAUGUUGAAGUUUGGCUCAAAUGGAGAAGGGAACGGGCAGUUCAAUGCUCCCACUGGCGUGGCCGUGGACUCCAAUGGAAACAUCAUCGUGGCUGACUGGGGCAACAGCAGGAUCCAGGUCUUUGAUGGAAGCGGAUCAUUCCUGUCCUACAUCAACACAUCUGCUGACCCACUCUAUGGUCCCCAAGGCCUAGCGCUGACUUCAGAUGGCCAUGUGGUGGUGGCCGACUCUGGAAACCACUGUUUCAAGGUUUACCGGUACUUACAGUAACCAUGGGAACUGAGCGCCCCUUGGCAAAGGUCUUGCACUAUAAAUUGGAAUGGAUUUCUCAACGCGGGACCAGAUGAUACUAGACUUUUCAUGCUAGAAGGAAACAGUGAACUUUCCAAGGUUAUUUCUAGGUUAACACCUUUCAAAAUGGAGUAUCUGAUUUUCCUAAAGGUAAUUCACCUUUAGGGUUAAAAAAAAUAGCAACAAAAAGAAAUCCUUCCACUGACUCUAUGAAAACCGCUGUUGUACCCCUGUGAACUCUGGCUGAUCCAGGGAUUUAUGUAGUCUAAUUUUGCAAAUCAAACAAGCAUUAAAGAAAAAAAACAAACCACACUAGAAUAUUUAAAGGUCUUUGUUCAUCCUGUGAACGGUGGCUUUUGCACAGAGCUUCCAGAAGACAAAACAAAAACAAAAUCUCUUCUACUUCUGUACUUGACUGAACCUCGAUCACAAGACUGUGGGAUUGUCUAGCCUCACUUUUCUAGUAGGUAUUACUCUUGUGACAUUUUUUGGUUAUCAAUAACUACUCUGACUUUACGGGGGACAAAAAGACUGGCAAAAUCCUCCCAGCUCUGAUUUAACAGGCCUUUUGAGUUUCACGCUUAUGAAUCAAUGCAAAAAUUUUCAUCCUUUCUGGGUUAGAUCUCACAAAUCCUUUCUGUUAUAGUUCUUUUUACCUUCUCUUAACUGCUUACCGUUUAUCCAAAAAAAAAAAAAGUACAUUUUCAGGGCAGCCUGAAAUUUCUAAUGCUUUGAAAAGCAUAAUACAAUCGUAACUACCUUUUGGUCCACAAACAGCGCCAUUGGCUCUGAAUGUAAACCAGAACAAAACUAGUCAUGUUUUCUGUGCUAUGUUCUCACCUGUGUCUCUCUUCUUCCACUUCAUGAAAGCGAGAGCUUUACCUCCUGCAAAAUGUCAGCACAUGGAGUAGGACACCCGAAUCCUAGGACAGAGAGCCAUACGGAGCCCUUUGGAGGACGGACGGUGUCAACCAAAGGCAUGUGAUUGAUUAAUGAUUUCCCCUUAGAAAGCAAGUGUUACCAAAGUUGUGUUAACUUGAAAAUGUUACAGAUAAGGGCAUGUUAUGGUUAUUUAUCAUUGUCUAAUGAAUAGUAGAGGCAUUAAAGGGUUAUGUAUACACGAAUAGGGUAAGGUAGGAUGUAUCAUAAAUAUAUAAGCAGAUAUAUAGAGCUGAAUCUUUGGUGUAUUGAACUAGGCAGCACUCUGAAAGACAGAAGCAUGGUCCAGCCUUUCUCAGCACAGACUUGACUGCGCAGUAGAUCUGUCCCAAUCAAUCGACAAGGUCGCCACUUUCCGGGAAUGAUGGCCGCAGCUGACUUGUAUUCCAGAAAACGGCCUCCUUUGCUUCCAAAACAUUCACAACAAAGAAACCAAAACAGGUCAAAAGAAAAGCUGAACUUGAGUUACCCUUCAUCUGAGCUAAAUAUGAAUGCAUUUAGUCGAUCUGUCAUAGAUACUGUAUAAUAAGAUGUGGUCUGAUUCCACUUUAAUUUUCUACUCAGUUCUACCAAAUAGGAUGUCAUGUUUGGCAUUUUCGAUAAUGAACUUUAGGAUCUUUUUCACUGAAAGCACCUUAGAACUGAUCUAUAAGGAAACUUUUCCCCAUCUGUAUAAUGAUAUGAGUACAACAUGCACUGCUUACUCAUUUAUAAUUCGGGCACUCUUGUGUAGGACUUUUUUAAACUUCGAAGGAAAAUCUGGCUGCUUUUAGUUUUGUCUAUCAAAUUUAUUAUAACCUAGUCCACCUCUAGUGGGGGGAAAGGUUUUUCAGAAAGACACACAUUUAGGCUAAGUAAUUUUCGUGUUUUAGGUCUUAUUUUCAAAAGAUUGGAGUCUGUGAUAAGCUAAAACAUUUAUUUGCAGAACACUAAACUAAGGGAGCCAGAGCAAUAGUACAGCCGGUCAGGCUCUUGCACUCAGCCAACCUGGGUUCGAGCCCCACAUUCUAUACGGUCCCCCGAGCACCGCCAGGAGGAAUUCCUGAGUGCAGAGCCAAAAAGAAUGUUAAAUUGAUAUGCUGUUUUCUAAUGUCAGUGAAAUGACACUUUGAAUUUCCACAUCCAUACUGAAUGAGUAGCUGCUAGGUGUCAGAUGGGGGGAAAAAAAAAACAGCUAAGGAUCCCACCCCCAGCUAACAUUCUGCCUUAGAGAUAAGCACUAAGGGGCCCCUCUUGGUGUGUGUGGACCCUCCUGGCAGUGUUCAGAGCUCUUUGCAGUGAUGGAUUUGAACCUGCGCUCCUGCAUGUAAAGCCUGUGCUGUAGCUUGGUCAGCUCUUUCCUUAGCCCAAAGCUAGACUUUUGAUUACUCCUAGUUUCAGAGAAAAUUUAUUAACUCGGUUAAUUUAAGAGCUUGGGUUUUGUUUGUUUGUUUUUGUCCCCCACAUGUAAAAAUGACUUCCUAUUUGGAUUCCUUUACAGGAUACUAAUCUAUCAAUUGCGUAAAGGGGAUUUUUAGUAUAGUGUUUAAAUUUUUUAUGAAUUAAAAAAUUAACCAUCCAUCAUAAUAUCUUAGGCUGGAUAUCUUAGAAACUGGAAUGAAAGACUAGAUGCUUUGAUUUAGUCCUGAUAUUUAUUACCUACUUGCUAUGGGCACUCCACCAAAUACUAUAUUUUCCCCCCAAAUAUAUAAUCAUAUGUGUUAAAGUGUAGAGAACAUUUCACAUUUGGGUACGUAGGUGCGUUUGCUGUAUAGCUCGGUUAGUAAGCAUAUCUGGGGGAGGGGAAAGUGCUGCUGUUAGGCUAUGACUAGACAAGAUUUAAAGGAAAAUUGGUCCCAUUCUGUGGAAAACGGUUUCCGGUCAACUGAGAAGGGUAUUAAAAUAAGUGACUUUUGUUUUUCUGGGCUCCUGUUAUUGUUUGCAUUCUCUUUGUCAAGUGUACAGAACUGUCAGACAUUCAUGAUAAGUAGCACUGAAAAAUUACCCAUUCAAAUUUCCCCUGGGCACUUCUGGCAAAAUUUUGCCAGUUAGAAUGUAAAGGUCAGUGACAGUUCAUUUCUCUCCCUCAAAAGGCCUCCCCUGCUGGACACGGGGAGGUAGCCACUCACCUGACCAUCCAGAAAUAGACUAAAAAAGCCUUUAUGACUGUUCAUCCUUUUUUUUUUUCCCAAUGGUACCUAGUGGUUUUUUUUUUUAACCAAAUUUUACUCUCCAGUAACCAAUCAAGUCCCCAAGUUUCCUGAUUUUUAUUUACUCUUUAACACGAUUCAAAACAAAUAAAUAUUACAAGUCCAUAUAACUGGAAUACACUUGCUUCUGCUAUAAGUAUACAGGGUAUUUCCUAUCACGGAGCUAACUGGAACUGCAGCACGCCCACAAGCAUCUGGAUGCUCGCUUUGAAGUUUCAGUCAUAUGUACUGAAUUCAUUGGAAGAAUCGGCGAAUGAACGGCAGAUAAUCUGCAAAGUACUUCCAGUGGGAAAAUCUUUCUGAACAUGUGGACUCUAUGUAGCCUCUCUGCACUUCUGAAAAGGGAGUUUUAGUUUAUCAAUUUAGUUCAUCGAUUUGAAAACGAAACAUUACCAAGUAGGACAAAAAUAAGUAUUUUGGCAAACAUCAUCUCAUUUUGCUUCAGAUUCAUAAAACUUAAAAAUUGUAAUAAGGUCACUGUCUGUAAAUGUUGCAGGGUUUAAACUUUACAAUUACUUUGCUAUUUUUGAUAACUAGAAAUCUAGUAUUGCCAUAAAGGAAACUAAGUGCCCAUUAAAGAUUUGUUUGGUAUAAAUGAAUAAUUUUUUUUAUUUUGUUUUUAAAAGACAGUAAGCUACAAAUCAUGAUGUUAUCUUAAACUUUCCGAAGGUGAAUUGUGUGGCAGUGGUCGUGUGGUUUGUUUGUGGGGAAUGUAUGAAAGCUAUUACUAUUCUAAAAUAAAGAAAUUGGCUAUGUUGUUCCAAUGAAUGUACAGCGCCUCCAUUAACUUUUGAAAGCAACACAGCCUUAAACUCAAUGCGUUUGCUUUAUGACAUGGGAAUGUUUGUCAUCAAUAGUGUAUUCUUAUAAUAGAAUUCUUUAUAUCAUUCUCAAUUCUCUAGCCUUUCAAGCUUAGGUAUGAAAAUGAAGGGAUUUCGCUUCCUUUUUUUUUUUAAGACUUUGUACAUUCCAUCUUUAUAGAUCUGUUUCAUACUUUUUGUGUAUAGAACACUAAGUCUCAUGCUCUCUGACACUGAUACUUAUAUAGUCUCAUCAUUUGUUCUUUUAUGAAUCAAAAUGCUGACUGCUGAUUUAAAGAAAAGAAUGAAUGCUGUGCAUCAAAGUGUUUGUAUGUUCGUAGCUACAUACGUACCACAGUAUUUUGGAUGCUUUAGUCAACAAUAAAAAUUUAAAUUAAUUCUGUCUUGAAACAGGAGAAACAAGAUUCAUGUGUAUAUCUUUAUCAUGCACAAAAUCCCAAAUCAUUAUAAUAAAGCUUGUUUUCUCCA